AUGUCUCUCCUCCGCACCACCCGCGCCCUUGUCUCGGCCCGCUCGGCAUCAGUCCGCACCAUGGCCACCGCCAGCAACACCGUCAAGGUCCACGUGAUCCGCGGCACCCUCGAGGGCCGCGACGUCCCCUCCACCCCCGAGGCCGUAUACACCGCCGAAGUCCCCCACGGCCUCAGCUUUAGCGAGGUUCUUUCUCGCGUUACCCCCGAGGCCUCGAUGUCGGGCUGUUCGUGGGUUGCGCGUGCCGGCACUGCACCGGCGGCUGUGUGGUCUGUCGAUGAAGGCGUGCGCCUCCUUUCCACCAUGGCCGAUGUUCCCGUUACCACUGAGACUCGCGUCGACUGGAGCUACUUCCGUGACCUGCCGCCGGCUUGGAUCCACGCCCGCCUCGCGCAGGACGCUAGCCUUACCCCUGCUCAGCUUGAGCACGAGUUUGGCCGUAUCGCCACCCAGAUCUAA